AUGGCUAUAACAUUCACGCCCGAGCAAUUCCAAGAAUUCCUCCAAAAUAUCAAAGCAUCGCUUCGAUUCGAAGGUGCACAGCCAGCAGCACAGCCUAGCGCUGCUGCACCUCAUCAGGGUAAUUUCUCCAAGUGUGUAUCACGAUUCGACGGCAGUAAAGAUACCGACGUGAACGCGUUCAUCGAUGCGAUACAAAUAUACAAAGAAUGUACAAACAUAUCGGAUGAAAAUGCUCUCAAAGGCAUACCGAUGCUUCUUAACGGAUUCGCGGCUACUGGGUGGAAAGGCGUAAAAAGUUCGGUAAAUACGUGA